AGUGAGUGUGCGGGCGCAGCUCCGCCGUGGUUUCGGUUGAGCAUUCUUGGCAACGUCGCGCUCGGGGAACAGGCAGUCUUACCGUUGGCCGACCAGCGUUUCCACAAUGUCUGGAGAAAUAUUUUAACGGAGUAGAAGCAGCGCUAGAGUAAAAUACUGAGCCUUCCCAUUCCUGCAUUGUGACAUCAAACACCUGCUUCUCCUGCAUACUGCACAGCUCAAGGUAAACCAAGAUCUGCAUUCGAUUGAAAACAGACCCAGAGGAAGAGGAGGACAAACUGGUCAUCAAUGGACCAGUGAAGGCUUUCCCACCCUGCCAAGUUAAAAGCGAUGUUUUUGAGAGCUGGAGGCCGUAGCACCGUCAGCAGAGUGUGUGUGGGGCCCCUCCUCUCCCUCUUUCCCAGCACCCCUCCUGACAUGGGAUGCCAGGCCCCUGCCUCCCUGCCCUGAACUCUCUUGGGGUGCCAUGAGCAGCUAUAGAGACAGAGGGGUCACUUGCACCUCCUCAGACCUCCUGGAUGACGGAGGAGGAGUACUGACCCAGCACAUUACCUUUCAUCACACCUCCAAUGGACACCCGCCUCCUGGCCCCAAAACACGCAUGCCCAUAAUGGGUGUCCGGGCGCAGAUUGCAAAAUGGCCCCCACGCCGUGCCCAGUCCAGGGAGUCGCUGCUUGAAAAUGGGCAAAUUUGCAACAACCGCCACGGAGAUGACUUCUCCACUUCAGUUUCCUCGUCGGUCUUGUCAUCGGACGUCGGGUUGGUGCGGGGAGGAGUUGCCAGGUUGCCACGAAGACGGUCCAAGGAUGUAGAGUUCAGAGGAGGAGGUUUUGUCGGCGAAAGAAGUUCCCCUUUUAGCCUGAGAGUGUUCCCUCCACUGAGACAGCGCUCGAACAGUGAGGUGACGCUGAGCGAACAGGACGAAAAUGAGGUGGAGGUUCGCGGAGGUGGUGGGAUGGGGAACAUGUUCAGAGAGUAUGGCAGCACCUCCUCCAUCGACGUCCAGGGCAUUCCUGAGCAGAGCUUUUUCGACAUGCUCAGCCAGUUCCACCAAGAGAGGCCUGACCAGCGCAGCGCAGCACCUGUACGCCUCGGGGAGCUGCUGAGCACUCCAGACUCACCACCAAGCGCACCUCUCCCCUCCGCUCCCUCACCUGGUCCCACAGGUGGGGACGACAGAGGGACAGGAAGGAAGGAGGGAGCUGAGAGAGUGAGGAAGAAAAGUGGAGGAACGGAGUCGUCACUGGGCACCUCCUCUUUAUUCAGGAAACUUAGAAGCUCUAGUCGCGGUGAGCUGGACGGAGGUAAAGGGGAGAAUAGCGAGGACGGGGUAGGCCGGGGUUCAGGAGACGCCUCCUACAAAUCGUGGGUGUGCCCCAAGAGCUUUGUCCAUUUUGAUGCUCAGAGCAUCCUGUUUGACCUCCACGAGGCUGCGGCUCAGCGGGGCUACGCCGCCCUGAGGAGGAACACAGCCACUGGGGCAUCAGCUGCUUCAGUGUCCCUGUCUGUCUCCAGAUCCUCAGCUCCCAAUGUGAACGACCCAGUUUACUCCAGCAUAGAGGACCUGACCCUGAGCCAUGACCCCGGCUCCAUGACACCCUCCCUGAGCAUGGACCCCUUGGACGGGCCUCCUGGAGCCCACAACUCGAGCCAACUGCUCCUCUGCUGCCCCCACUUCCUCAAUGAGACUGGGGGCCACGGAGAGCGCAACAUUAGUUUCCUCAGCUCGUCAGCAGAGCGAGGAGGAGACGGAGGAGGAGACAGCGCGAAGGGUUGGCUGAGGAGGAGCAACGCCAGUGUUUCAGUGCUGGAGGUGCCUAUUGAACAACAAGUUACAAGACUGGACAGACUGAAACUGUACAGCAUAGAGCACGUCGACCUGGGGGCCAGGUACUUCAGAGACUACUUCCAUGGGAAAGAGCACUCAAACUACUUUGGGACAGAUGAGAAGUUGGGUGCUGUGGCCGUGAGCAUCCGUAGGGAGAAACUGGAAGACACCAAAGACCUGAAAGACCAGUACCAGUACCGCCUCAUCGUCAGAACUAGCGAGCUUGUGACCCUGCGAGGCUCCAUUUUAGAGGAUGCGGUGGCGUCUACGGGGAGGCACGGCACGGUGCGGGGUCUGCCGCUCAAGGAGGUCCUGGAGCAGGUCGUCCCCGAGCUCAACAUCUCCUGUUUGAGACUGGCAUUAAGCACACCCAAAGUCACCGAGCAGCUCCUCAAACUGGACGAACAGGGGUUAAGUCAGAAGCACAAGGUGGGUGUUCUGCUGUGCCGUGCAGGCCAGAGCACAGAGGAGGAGAUGUACAACAACGAGGAGGCGUCUCCCGCCUUCUCUGCCUUCCUGGAGCUGCUGGGGGAGCAGGUGCUUCUCAAAGGAUUCACCAAAUACGCUGCACAGCUCGACACAAAGACGGACUCUACGGGCACCCACUCCCUGUACACCACCUACCAGGGCUACGAGGUCAUGUUCCACGUGUCCACCAUGCUGCCGUACAUGCCCAACAACCCCCAGCAGCUCUUGAGAAAGAGGCACAUAGGGAACGACAUUGUCACCAUAAUCUUUCAGGAGCCAGGAGCGCUGCCCUUCACCCCUCAGAAUAUCCGCUCACACUUCCAGCAUGUCUUUGUCAUUGUCCGUGUGCACAACCCCUGCGCCGAAAGCACCUGUUAUAGUGUUGCUGUGACCAGAAUGAAGGAUGUGCCUCCCUUCGGCCCACCCAUCCCCAGCGGUGUCACCUUCCGCGACCCAGAAACCUUUCGUAACUUCCUUCUAGCCAAAGUUAUCAAUGCAGAAAAUGCAGCGCACAAAUCAGAGAAGUUCCACACCAUGGCAACGCGAACACGGCAAGAGUACCUGCGUGACCUGGCUGAGAACUACGUCAGCAGCACGCCACUCGACUCAGCCGGCAAGCUUAACAACCUCAUCUCCCUUGCGUCGAAAAAACGCGAGCGUACCAAGGCAAGAGAGGGAGCGGAGCUGGGAGCUGCUGGGGCUGUCGCCUGGAGGGUCCAGGCCCAGGACUUCAGCGAAGGAGGGACGGAGCUGCCCUGUGCCUUGGGUUUGUCGGCUGAAUACAUCCUCCUGACAGACUGUUCCACUAAAGAGGUGGUGUUUAACUGUUUCUGUGCGGACGUGAUCGGGUGGACGCCGGAGCGGCUGGCGCUGAAGAUCUUCUACGGCAGAGGAGACCACAUCGCAGUGCGGGUACCAGAGGGCUGCGCGCAAGACAUCAGGGAAAUGGUGCAAAGAUUAAAGUCGUUGACAGUGGGAUGUGAGACGGUGGAUAUGACUCUGAGAAGAAACGGACUGGGACAGCUGGGCUUCCAUGUUCGCCUGGAUGGCACUGUGGCUGAGGUGGAGGAAUACGGCUUUGCCUGGCAGGCGGGACUGAGACAGGGCAGUCGGCUAGUAGAGAUCUGUAAGGUGGCCGCUGUGACGCUGACUCACGAGCAGAUGAUCGACCUGCUGAGGACGUCGGUGACGGUUAAAGUGGUCAUCAUACCGCCGUACGAAGAGGGGGGGCCUCGCAGGGGAUGCACAGAGGAGUAUGAGAUGAAGACCAUGGAGCAGAAGUCAGAACCUGAGCCUCUGGCAGCAGGCUACCGACCCUCCCCUCGCCCGACGUGGCGAUGGGACAGCCCACCCAUUCCUCCAGGGCUCCACAGUGCCCCCAACCCGCAGCGCUGGGCUCCCAUGGGUCCCCCACCUCCUCCCCUUCCCCGCUCACACAAGGCCAUGAUGCCUGUUCCUUACAGGGAGCCGCAACACCUCAACUCUAAGAGGCCAGUGAGCUACCCAGAGAACCACUACAGUCUGUCUCCUGCAGGAGGUGACAGGGUGCUGCCCUACAGAAACCCCUCAGCCAGCUUCUCCUCCCCCUCUUCAGGCCUGGUCGCCCUCUCUGCAAUGGGGCCACCUGGUAUCACACCAGGCCCCUUCGUACGCUACAAACCCUCACCUGACAGAUAUGGAACAGGACAGCGCCCCCUGCUGCCCUAUGAGCCCCACCUCAGUGUGGACAUCACCUCCAGCGGAGAGUCUUCCUCAGGCUUCACUAGUCAGGAGAGCACCAUGGAGCGCUGCAAAACAGAACCCCUCUGGCAUGUCCCAGCGUCGUCGUCUCGGGGACCAGGUGGUGGAGGGGGACAGAGAAGACUGCACAAACAGGAUAUCCCUGGGAAAGACUCUCCAAACAGACACUCGAAGGGCGAGGCUCAGUACUCCAGCCACUCCAGCAGUAACACUCUGUCCAGCAACGCCUCCAGCAGCCACAGCGACGAGCGCUGGUUCGACGGAGGAGCCGGAGGAGAGCGAGGAGGCGGGGGUUGCCUCAGCGAUGCAGCUGACCCCGACCCCGAACAUAUCAACAAGGGGGGGUCUAACGACAGUGGCAUUGACGCCUCGACCCACUACAACAACACGCGCCACGGAAACAUGUCCAACAGCCAGUCCCAUAAGCCCGUGCACUGCUUCGCGACCUACAGCGGUAUCCCGGAACUGUCCGUGGGAAGGAGCGGUGGCGGGGGAGAAGUUAGGAGACGAGAGUCUUCGCCCAUCAUACCAGGCAAUCAGAACAAAGGGUACCGAACAAGGACGUUCCCGCCUCCUGGCUCCAGUGCUGAGAAAAUGGAUAGUUUCAAACCCAGGGCCUACACACCUCAGGGUUACAAGACUCCGACAGCUGAGAAAGCCCGGCCAGUCCGAGCCGCUACGACAACACCCACUUCAGCCCAGUUAAGCUCCACACCGCUGUCCAGCUCUGCCCCCAAGGCCUUCUAUGGGAAGAGCAGACAAACCGCCUGGCAGACUGAAGAUACCAGCCCGUCACCUUCAAAUGCAACCACAACAUGCAGCAACGGCAGCAGCAAGAAGCAGGUGGAUACGAACUCAAAGAACGUGUUUGGUCAGCCUCGGCUCCGAGCAUCACUGAGGGACCUGCGUUCUCCACGACGGACAUACAAAAGCACCAUCGAAGACGACCUGAAGAAACUGAUAAUCAUGGACAACCCGGGAGAGGCGCCACAAAGAGAUCCCUCUCCCAGACGAACCUUGCAGCGCACCUUUUCAGAUGAGUCACUUUGCAGCGGGCGCAGGGAGGCCAGCUUCGCCAACUCUGAGAACCAGUCGACCCCCACUGACGUGCUGUUCACCUGCACGCUGCCCACACGCAGACACGCCGUCUCCUCCAACCACAUACAGAGCAAGAAGGUGCCUCUGUCUGCCUCGGAGCUGUCUCUCUCAGAAGUUAGAGACAGAGUUCCCCCACUGAGGAGGCUCGAUCCCGGGCUGAUGCCUCUCCCUGACACAGCCUGUGGAUUGGAGUGGUCCAGCCUGGUCAAUGCUGCUAAAGCCUACGAAGGUGAGGACGCAGACACUUCAACAUUAGCACAAAGAGCAGUUUCCCUCUUCUCGCUGACUGAGCCGCAGGUUGGAGGUCCAGACAUGAGACCAGUCAUCAGUCCGGUCCAGUUCCACACUCCUCAGACACCUCGAACCACGCCAACCUUCAGCGGCGACGAGGUGCCCAACGAUUUGUCUGGUCGGCUCUACCACCUGGAAGUGAUGUUAAAACAGCUGAACACUGAUCUGGAGAGAGAGAAGCAGGAUAAAGUCGUUCUGCUUGCAGAGAUGGCCAACCUGAGAGAGAACAACCAGCGCCUGCAGGAGGAGAGCCUAACAGCCAGUGAGCAGCUGCGCAAGUUCAGCAGAAUUUUUACUAACCUGGACAAGACAGAGAGCGACCACGAGGCUCACUCCUUAACACAUGAAGCUGACUCAAAGAGGGAGUGAUGUCGGCACCUGCAGAAGAAGAAGAAGAAGAGUGUGAGACACUGAGUAUGGGCGUCUGUGAGAGAAAUACUCUGAUUGCUCCUGAUUUCUUGCACACACAGGGGCGGCGGGGGUCACAAAGAUGUCACCUCACUCAGCUCCAAUUGGACUGCCUUAAACCAUAGAGAUAGCCAGGAAAAAAAGACGAUUGUGAUUUUUAACACUCCCAGAAAAUCUCACUAAGCCUGUGCACAGAGCAGAGACCCUCCCUCUCUAGUCACUGAGCCUGUUUAUUUUUAUAAACUGAAGUCUUAUACACAUGUCAUAUAUGUAAAUACAUAUGCUACUAUGCCAGAGGAGCGAGUAGGAGAGGAGAACCUGACUGUGUUAGAGAACACUACAUCACCUGGAGAGGCCUAAUACUGUUCCUGCAGCGAAUCAGCCAAAAAAGAAAAAAGACUCACUACAGACUGCAUCUCCCAGAAUGCACUAGAAUUAAUGGAGGCUCUACAGACAUGGUACUGCAGAUAGAUGCCUGUGUGGUACAAUUCUCAUGUAUCAUUGUUAUCUAUAUUGUACUGAUAUUGUAAAACGGUCGUACUAAAGAGGUGUGUGUGUGUGUGUAUGAUGGUACAGCGAAUACUCAGAAGCAUUAUGGCACAACAGUGUUUGUGCUCAAGGCAAGAUGCAUUUUAUUACCCUUUGGUGUGAGUGUGUGAGAAAACGGUUGAAUGUUGCUGGUCUGUUAAAGGACGUUUGAGUGAUGAACAAACUAGUUUACUGUAAUAUGAAACUUGCCGGCCACAAUAUUUUUCUUUCCUCCGUUUACAUGGAUGAACCGUGGCCCUUUUUAGAUGUGAAGUAAGCCAUCAGUGAGUGUUGAGCGAGUGUAAAUGGACGAUGUCAUGAAGCUCAGUGACAUAAUGGUAUCAUAUCUCUAAUGUAGUGCAUUGUUUUGAAUUUUUAUGCAGUGCCCUGUCAUCUCAGAUCUAAAUGUAACGUUACUGGAUAAUUAUUUUAACCUUCAGUCAUUAUAGCACAGUAUCUGCUUUGAAAUAGUCUUUUUUUGUAAUAUUUAAAACAAUAUUUUGGGGAAAUACGCUUUAUGGUGGAGAGAUUUGAUACCGUCAGUAUCUGGAAGACUGGAAAUGGGAAAAGAUGGCUAGCCUAACUCUGCCCAAACGUCAUAAAGUCCGCCUACCAGCACCUUUAAAGCUCACUAAUUAACACAUGUCGUUUGUUUAAUCCCAAAACAAAAAAUAAUUUUUAGUGCAAGGAACCUAUUUUUCUGUGUUUUUGAGGGGCUUAGGAUGUCAGAAAACAUGAACACUUGCUUCAACCUAAACCAGAGGUUUUCAAAGUGGAAGGCGGGAUAGAGAUUUUUUUAUUUAAACCUUUAUUUAACCAGGAAAAUCCCAUUGAGAUUACUAAUCUCUUUUUCAAGGGAGUCCUGGCCAAGACAGCGGCACAGAUCACAACAAUUCAGUACAUUUCAGACAAUUUCAUAACAAUUUCAUAAAACUAUUUAAAAACAUUUACAAACCAUAGAUUUCAUCUCCAAACCUUUGAGCAAGAGUUUAAAUUGGCCUAUGAUAUUAAUAAGCAAACAGCAACACUAAGCUGUCUUGGCUUAAUUCUGUCUGUCUAUGUGAUUAUUAAUAUAAUUAUGAUCCCUUGGGCAUCCAGGACUUGAGCAAAACUAACCAAGUAAAGUAAGGGAGGGGCACCUUUUUCCAAGUUUUGUCUGAGGGGAGGCCCACAGUCUCAGACUCUGAAAACCCCUGCACUAAACCCAACAGGAAGUCAGCCAGUUUGAAUUUAAUGACAUUUUUCUCCAUACUCAAGCUCCAUACUUUAAUGAACUCCUCCUAGAGAAUGAAUACGAUUGACUACAAAUUCGUGCAUUCCCUUCUUUGUAAUUUCUAAAUUGCGAAGUAUUUUAGGAUUCAUCAAACAGCAUUGUUAUGGCAAUGCAGCGAAUUUUGAUGUUCUAAAAUAAAUAAGCGUAUUCACAGAUUGAGUGUUUCAACUUAAGAAACAGUGGCACAUCAACACACAUUGUCAGAUCUUUUCCACAUUUUACAUGUUUGAGAACUGCAGUGUCCAAUAUUCAGUGACUAAAUCAUAGUUGUCGCUCUUGCGUUUGGGUGCAAGGACCUGUUCAACACUGAUUUUAAUUUUAUUUGUUUUAAAUCACACACUUGAUUUUGAUAGCUGUGCCCUCAUAGUAUUUAGAUAUAAAAACAAACCAUAUAUAACUUGUCACUUAGUGAGCUUGCUGGAUUUUGCUACCAUUGGAUAGAGCAAGGACAGUCUUUAUGCUAAGCUAACGGACUGUAGCUUUAUUGUUAACGGCUAAACACGAGAGUGAUGUCAGUCUUCUCACCUGUGCUAAAAAGUGAAUAAUGGUAUUUCCCAAAAAUAUUAAGCUAUUUUAAUAAUCGCGUCUUCUUUGCGUACUAAUGAAAAUUAAUUUGUCGCCAUUAACGUGAGCUUGUAGAAGAAAACAUUUACUGUAGAUGAAAGACGACACUGAAACUCCUUUAUAUCAGAACCAGUCUGUCUGUGUGUAUGAGAGGAUUUGUCCCUGUGUUCUGUGAUAACCCAAAUGAACACUAAAUAUGCUAUUUAUACAGCUAGCUUGCUUAAUGAUAUUGUCUACUAUAUCUAUUUUUCAUACAGAAAUAAUGUGCGUGUGUGUGUGUGUUUCGGAUGCUGGUACUGAAUGGACAAUUCAUCCCUGCAGAGGAUGGAUCUUAUCUUCCUGUGUCAGUUUAGCUAUUGCUGAUAUAUAUUUAAAAAAAAAAAUUUAAAAAGUAAAUGAUCAUGUCCUGCUCUGCCCUGUAGAACAAAUACAAAUACUCCCUGGUCUGACUGGAACUGUUGAAUUUUCAAUCCCAACUCACUCAGGUUCCUCGAGAUGCUGUUAAUGACACCGUGGGCGAUGUGAGGCAUUGUAGCCUGAGACGGUUUUGCCAUACUGUUUAUAUCAUUGUAGUGAUCCCUUUAAUAUUUCUGGGUGUAUCAAGUCAUUGUAUGCACAUUAGCAGGACUGUUUUUUUUAUGGCAAUAUUUGGUUUUUAUUGUUUAAUACUUUGCUUUUUAAGUAUUUAAUUAGCCUCAAACAGACAAACAGUUUCUUUAAUUAUCAAUAAAGUUGACUGUAUCGAUAUCUUGAUAUAAAUUUACACGUAAGACAUCUGUAUCGCCCACUCCUGCUACUAAAAAAAAAAUUUGUUUCUUUCACCGACUCAAGAGGGAUAACAAGUGUUAGUAGUAGUCAAGAAAACUGCCAUUUCUUCCUCAGCCCGUAAUUAAACUCUGGAUUUCAUGUUCUCACUUCUCCCUUUAUUCCUUUGCAGCCAGUUUCACUCAACUUUAACUUUGAUACCAGUAACGUUUAUACCUGAGCCUAUUUGGACCUUUCUGUUUGGGUUCAGGAAUACUAACAAUAAUACCUGACAAAUUCAGGCUAUAAUGUGGUUCAGAAAAGAGAAGCUCCUUUCUAUAUUCUGCUUUCGUGUUUGGACGUUUUUAGUUCAGUGACACACUCCUGUUGUUCCCCCUUUAGCAAAUCCUUCAGUCAUGCAGCUUCGCAGGUGUAGCUGUGGUUUUAGUAUCUGCAGGUCUGUUUGCUUUUGUAAAAGGGGCUUGGUUUCUUUAUUUUAAUACAUUUUGUUCAUGUUAUGUAUAAUUGUAAGCUAUUUAUAGCAAACACAUCCCUGUUGAACAAAUCAAUAAUGCAUUAUGGUUAAUGGUAAUAUUGUAUAACUAGAUUUGUUUUUUAGAUGUUAAAUAUUUUGAUAAUUUAUUUUUUAACAUUCCCACUGUUGCCGACAAUAGUGAAGAUGAGGGUACUGUGUUUUUAUUUGUGUAUGCGGUUUUACGUCUGAUCUCUGUACAAAACUGAUUUGUAUGAUUCCUCAUUAUUUUCCUGCGUCUUUCCUCUGUGCAUCGGUACUUUCUGCUUUGUGGCGGGGGUACGUGGUGCAUAGAGAAAAGGGUUUGGUUUCUUUGGGUUAUAAUAAUAACUUGUACAUUUAAAAGUGUAAAUUAUGUUUUCAUUUUAUAAAAAAUUAUAUUAAACUACUAUCAGAAUA